AUGUCUACGGAUAGUUUUGCACCUUUGCGUAGUCCUGGAGAAGGACCCGUAGCCGUCGAGGCUAAUGACUCCAGAGACCUUACAAAAAAUGACAACAAAUUGCGGUGCGGCUGGGGCUAUUUUAGACCUGCGGCCCUCCAGAGGUUUACCACUGCCAAAUGGGCACUAUUCUGGCUGUGCUGUGCUUCGACAAUGCAAGGAAUGAUCGUUAACGGUUUCGUAAACGUGGUAAUAACGACAAUAGAGCGCCGUUUUGGUCUACGAUCGAAACAAACCGGACUGGUGGCUGGUGGUUACGAUAUGGCGUCUUUCCUUUGCCUGGUACCAGUCACUUACCUAGGAGGUCGCGCCAUGGCUUCAAAGCCGCGAUGGCUGGGCCUGGGUGUUCUACUGCUCGGAGCAGGCGCCCUGUGCUUUUCGUUGCCACACUUUUUGGUUGGACCAGCAAGGGCUGAAGGGAAAACGGUGCCGCUAUGCAAUAACUUUACUCAAGAAAUCAAUUUAGGACUUAUGCAGGAUACGAAUUGUCAGGCAUUGACGUUUCAAGACAAUCAACAAGUACCUAUAGUUGCAGAAGAGGCAAAUGUUUGGUGGCUAUUCUUCGUAGCACAGCUUUUACAUGGGGCUGGUAGUGCUCCUCUUUUUACGCUGGGAGUCACUUUCAUAGAUGAAAAUGUUUCCAAAAAAAUGUCAAGCGUUUACCUAGGAAUUUACUAUACGAUGUCGAUUAUUGGACCAGCCGUGGGAUAUGUUCUUGGAGGGCAAUUCUUGCAGAUUUAUGCUGAUACUUUAACGAUUGAUCCAUCCACAAUUGGCUUAACACCACAGAGUAAUGUAUGGAUCGGUGCCUGGUGGAUUGGCUUUAUCUUUGGGGCCAUAAUAUGUUUUCUUCUGGCAUUGCCUAUAAUAGCUUAUCCUUCAUCACUUCCAGGAUCGGAAGAGCUGCGCAACGCCCGAGUGUCAGAGGCCCACGCGCGUACUGGCGAUUCGAAGGAAGGAUUCGGACGGAUACGCGAGCUUCCGAGAGCUUUAAUGGAGCUUGUGCGCAAUCCAGCUUUUUCAUUCCUCAACUUGGCUGGCGCAUCGGAGGGACUGUUAAUUGCUGGUUUUGCUGCAUUUUUGCCCAAAUUAAUUGAAUUUCAAUUCAGCGUUACACCGACACGAGCUGCGUUAUUGAUGGGUAUAUAA